AACCAAUCAUCUCAUUACUAUGUCUCAAUCUCGGAGUUGACUCGACCGAUGGUGAUAAUUAGGCGUUGCAUUUGGAUUGAGAUUUAGGUUUCUGGGUUUGGUUUUUGGUCGAAGUAGGUCGCAAAGUCGACAUCUUUGGAUGGUAGAUGGUGUAUCACCAUGUUCCUGACUUCCCGGCAUGUCUAUCAGUCUGUGUUGUCUAGUUUUGCGCUUUCCUUUUUGUUUUUUUGUGUGUGUUGAAUUCCAUUGGUAAUGGAUUGUCCUUCGUUCUUUGGGUCAAAGUUUAUCUUUUUUGUUGUAUUAUGGAUUUUGGGCAGUGUGGUGGUGCUUCUUGGCAUAUCUAAUCUAUAUGUUCUUUAGCUUUGUGCUUUCCCUUUUUCCUCCUCUUGAAUUCCGUUGGUGAUGGAUUGUUCUUGGUUCAAGUUUGGCAUUGUGGUGGCGCCUUUGGUUUCUACUUUCUGGGUAAUUUUUUGUUAUCUUCUUGCAUCUUCUCAUUGUUUGGCAUCAUUUUGAAUAGGGAUGAAAGGAAGUGUUUCUGCAUCUUUUCCAAAUUUUGCUACUUUUGAGCCAAAGGUUCAUAUAUGCGAAGUUUAAGGUUUGCAAUAUAGUGUGUAAUUUUUGUAGUUAGAAAUGCAGGUAGUAAACAAGAGCACUGUGAUUGCUGUAUGAGAUUCAGUCAUCAAAGGAAUGGUUGAUGCUAAAGUUGACAGGGCUGCCGAGAAAUUAGCUCUUAAGAAUUGGCCUGUAAAUCUGAUGUAGCUACUGAUCAGAAUACUGAGCCUCUUAUAGUACACCCUUGAUGAUGGAGGAAGAUAUUGAUGAGAGGAGAUUAGGGUCGUGUACGGGUUGUUCGAGUGCUAGUGGAGAAUGCAAUGACAAUAGUAGGAUAAUCAGAUUAAAAGUUAUGGUGGAUGAUCACAUUCAAUGGCUGAAGGAGGACCUUCAACAGCUGAAGAGUAUGGAUAGGAUGAGCAGAAGACCAAUUAGUUCUCACAACAUGUCGAAUGAUAAAACUAUUGAAAAGCUGCUAGAAGUGGAUCAAAGGGUGGAUGCUUUGCGAGAUGUAUUUGCUGUAGGUUUUGAACAGAUUAAUGCCAUGAUUUGCUUAAAGAAAGAUGUGGUAGGUGAACUUGAAUUGAAACAUGAGCUUGACGGAGAAGUUAGUAUUAUUGUGUUCCAAGAUUACAUCAGAGGUCUUCGGGAUGAAUAUGAAACUAAGUUGUAUGGUCAAACAGUCUUUAUCAACAAUUUACACGAGGAUGCACAGAAAAAGGUUUCUGAGCUCAAUGCAUUGCGUGAUGAACUGCAUGUUAUUUUGGAGGAAGCAAAUAGUCCUGAAAAUUUUGAAGACUGGAGUGUUACAAAAAAGAAAGAACAUUUUCCUGUGAAAGUAUUAGGAAAUCACAAUUUCCCGUUGCAGAUUGAGGAAAAUGCUGAAAUGACUAGAGGAAAAUCUGGGGAUUCAGGAGAUCACACUUUGGACAUUGCUCAUCUUCCUCAAGUGAAGAAAAUGACAAAGGAGGAACUGCUUGCUUAUUGCAAAAAUGAAAUGACAAUGAUGAGGAGAAGACAUGACUUGGAAUUGCUAGAGAAAACAGAGGAGUUGUUUAGGUUUAAGAGGGAAAUACUCAAAGAAAAGGGUUCUUUGCCUAUUCGGAAGGAUAAGGAGCUUGAACAUAUAAAGAAAAAAGUAGAACAAUUCACUUUGAAGUUGGAUGGACUUCUCAAAGAGGAGACAUUACCUCAACUUUGUAACCCUGAAGAUGAUUUACAGGGCUUUAAGGAGAGAGAGUUUUACCUUCUUUCUGAAAAUAAUCGCCUAGAAAGGUUGCUUAUGAAGAAAACAAACGAGCUUAAUUGUCUGUCAUCACAGAUCUCACAUGUAGCAAACCAGAUGUCAUUCCAUUCAUCCCUAGAAGCAAACUACUCAAAACAACUAAUGAAACUGGAAAGCCAGAUUGAUGAUGAAAAGAUAGAAUCUUACUUGAAUUCUAACUUGUACAAUACUGUUUUAAGAGGGUUGAUCGAUGAGCACCGAUAUAUAUUGCAAGAUUUUGAGGUCGAGAUUGAAGCUCAGCUAGAUAUCUGUACUUGUGUUUUUAGUGGAGUGAUUUUUGAUACUGUCUCAAAUAUGAACCCUCCAAUGCUAAAAUCUCAUGAAGAGAAGAAGUCUCUUGAGGCAUUAGUUUUAGAAAAAGAGAAUGUAUUGAAGUUGAAACUUGAAGAAAACGACAAACUGAAGAAGGCUAUAUCAUCAAUUUCAUCAUCAAUGAGUGAAAAUGAAAAGUUAAAGACAUCUUUUGAGGCAUUGUUAUUGGAAAAAGAGAAUGCCUUGAGGUUGGAAAUUGAAGAGAGCCACAAGUUGAAGCAAGCCAUGAUGUCACUUUCCUCAUUGUUUAAAGAAAAAGAAAAACUAGCUUUAGAGGCGCAAACCGUAUUAAUUCAACACAAGGAGCAGCUUGAUGCUGUCUACCAGGAACUCAGCAUGCUCAGGGAGAUAAAUAGCAAACAAGAAGCACAAUUGUCAGGAUAUAAACUGGAAUCCCGAUCAUUGAAAAGUAGAUUGAAUGAGAACUUGCGGCAAAUUCAUCAUUAUGAACUCGAGACGGAUAAACUUAAGGAGAACCUUAAAAUUGCAUCAAAUGCUUUAAAAGACGUAGAAGAGCAGAAAAUUAUGCUUCUAGGAGUCAUUGAAGAUAAUCAGAGGGCAUUUUCAUCAUCUUUUGAAAAGGACAAAGAUCAAGUAAAGCAGUUGGAAUCUAUCACCAAGUUUACAAUGGAACUUUUUACAAAUUUUACAGAUUUAGAAAGACUUUUGAUAGACGGUAAUAAAAGAAAUGAUUAUAGGUUGAAGUUACUGAAUCAUCAAUUGAACCAACUAGUGCAACUGGCUGAUCAACAGAAAAAGAAAUGCUUGAGGUACAAAACUAUGCUUGAAAUCAGAUGCACUGACUUGGAGAAGGCAGAAACUGAGGUUGAUCUUCUAGGUGACGAAGUCGAGGCACUUGUGGGACUUCUUGGAAAGAUAUACUUAGUACUUGAUCAUUAUUCCUCAGUAUUGCAGCAUUAUCCGGGAGUAAUGGAGAUUCUGAAAAUGAUUCAAAGAGAAUUAAAUGGGCGAGGCAGUUAGAGGCUAUGCCAAACCAUCAAGUCUGUCUUUGGUGUUUGUUUCUAUAAAACACUGGGUUUUCUACAAUUAGUGCCAAUGAUUCAGCUUGAGGCAUCAACCAGAAUAUUCAUUUCAACUGUUUCCUUUUCCAAAACACAGUUUGAGGCACCUGAUCAGUGUUUACUUUUCACUGUCCCAUAGAUAUUCAUA